AUGUUACCCAAAAAGUUACAGUCGAAACGUAAGAAACCAAAAAAAAAGAGAGCCCAAUUGGAUCCAGCGGAAGCGUUGGCAAGAAAUCACAAGAGGCAAGAGAGCUUGAAGAAGCGAACAACGAAGGUGGAAGAAAUUAACGAAAUAUUAACUAAACGUAAAGCGGAACGAACUGAGAAAAAGAACGCGUCGAGGGAUGCGGAAAUAAAAUUGUACGAAAAUGAAGUCAAGAAUCGGAGCAAAACUAUUCAGGAAAAGAGAAUGAUACAGAUCCGCGAGGACAUGAAGUCCAUCCUCGUUGCGGGCCUGGAUAAAGUAAACGCGCUAAAGGUGGUCGGCGAUAAGGUGAAACUGGAGGGCUCGACGAUGACGAUAAACGGCUCGAAGUACAAGCUGAAGAGCAACGUGCACAUGGUGGGCUGGGGUCGGGAGACGUUGAUGCUGGGCGCGUCGUUGGAAAAGCUGAUCGGCAAACACCUCAGGAAAGGUUUCCUGGUAGUGCCGAGAGGGUCGGUAUCCGGUAUGUGGGACAAUCCGCUCUGGUUCCCAGCUCUGAACAGCAGGAUCACCUUCCUCGAAGGUGGCUCGAUGGAUAUGCCGAACGAGAAGUCGGUCGAGGCGACACGCGGGAUCGCCGACUACUGCAAAAAGCUAAGAAAGACCGACAUACUCGUCGUCGUUCUCUCAGGUGGAACCGAAGCCCUCCUCAACUGUCCCAAGGGGGCGAUUAGACUCAAGGAAGUCGAGGAGGUCCUUUCGAUCCUGAAAACCGCCAAGGCGACUCCCAUGGAGAUUGACGCUGUUCGGCGCAAGCUGUCCGCCGUUUUCGGUGGCGAACUCGCCCGGCUGGCCUAUCCAGCUAAAGUCGUCACCCUGGUAAUGUCGGACGUUCCGGGGAAUCUGCCUCACCUCGUUGCGGGAUCGCCGACCGUUAACGAUCCCGGCAAAGACGCGGCCCUGGCGGUAGUCAGGAAGUACAAGCUGGAGGAAAGCCUGCCGCCCGCCGUCAGGGAGGUCUUGCACGAAAGGCCCCCGGUUAAGGACCCCCUCGUCGACGAGAAUUACAAGUUCAAAUUCGUCGAUUAUCACGUUCUGGCUGACACCGGGGACGCGAUUCGGGGGAUGACGGACGCCGCGUUCAGGCUCGGCUUGGUCCCCGUCAGUCUCAGUUCCACGGUCGUUGGGCCCGUCCGCGAAGUGAGCCGGGCCUACGCCCAGGUCACGGCCUUGAUGAUCCUCGCUGCCGAGGGAAAAAUCAGUAAACUUGAGAUGUACGACGCUAUGAAGUUCGACCGGGUCCUGCCGCUGAGCGAGGAAAAGAUCAGGGAAAUAUUUCCUAGCAAGGAGAGGUGGGGACUUGGGCUGUGCCUCCUAAGUGGCGGGGCUCCGAACGCUGAUUUGAGUGAGGAGAGCAGGACUGGGCCCAACCAGGAUCUGGCGUUGUACUUUUCCCUUGACUGGUACCUCAAAGUCAAGGAAAAUCCGAUCCUGAACGACUACGUCGUCUGGUUCCUGGGCGGAAGUACCGACGGAAUCGACGGAAACACCAAAGCGGCUGGCGCCUACGGAUACGGCAGUCUUGGACCGGCGGUAUUCAAACGCUACAAGGAGCUGACCCUGGAAGAAUCGGCCUUGGAUAUAAAAGUACGUGGAAUGCUUCGGGCGGAUCCAGAGAGCCAGGAAACGCGGAAUGCUGUCAGGAGGUACGAGAGCCUCCGCGAUGAGCUUUCCAGGGUUUCCGCAAUUCUUCCAGACAGAGUUCUGAGGGAACGGAAUGCGAACUUCAUGUUCACGAACAUCAACGACGGUGACGAGCUCCUGAAUCUCGGUUAUACGUACACGAACGUUUGUGAUCUCCACAUAAUACGUAUCGCUCGGUACCAAUGCAGCUGCGACGGACAGUGUCUAGCACCCAGAGAGGAGCUACCUUCCCCGAAAGAACUUUGCCGGGAUGAAAAGUGCGCCGCGAACCGAACGCUACCGAAAAUUGUAGUGCCGCCAAGAAAUCAGUGCUGCGCGAGAUCGACUGGGCCAAAGUUAAAAAUUUACUAA